CCCAGGUGUGGUCACCAAGAUGAAGAUGCAGCGCACCAUCGUCAUCCGCAGGGACUACCUGCACUACAUCCGCAAAUACAACCGCUUCGAGAAGCGGCACAAGAACAUGUCGGUGCACCUGUCUCCCUGCUUCAGGGAUGUGCAGAUUGGGGAUAUUGUGACGGUGGGAGAGUGCCGCCCCCUCAGCAAGACUGUCCGGUUCAACGUCCUCAAGGUGACCAAGGCUGCUGGCACCAAAAAACAGUUCCAGAAGUUUUAAAGGCUAUUUGUACUUUUCUUUGUAUCAAUAAAGAAGCUGGUGUGAUUUGAA